AUGUCCCCGCGCGGGGGUCGCCGCUGUCCCCCCGCGCUCCUGGCGCUGCUGCUGGGCCUGGCCGGGAGCCGAGGAUCCCCGGAAUGCCAAAAUCCGGCUGUGUCCCGCCCCGUGACCGCGGGAGCGUCGCUGUGCCUGGUGCCGGAGAAACCCCCGUGGGAGUGGACAGAGAUGCACUGGAAAUGGUACAUUAACUCAGGAGAGCAGCAGUGGAUCCUGACAGCCCGCAGGGAUCGAAGUGUCUCCUAUCCCAGAAGUCCUUUCCACGGGAGAGUGAAAUUCCACCCAGGAAACCUCUCCCUGUGCAUCUCCCCGGUUCUCAGGGAUGAUAACGGGGUCUAUUGGGCCGAGUUUGAGAAUUCGCGAGUGAUUCCAUCCCGGUGCAUCCGAGUGUCCGUGUGGGACCCCGUCCCGCGGCCGGAGCUGAAAUCCCAAAUCCUGCAGCGGGAUCGGGGCCGGUGCCACCUGUCCCUGCUCUGCUCCAGCCCCGGGAACGUCUCCUACAGCUGGGCCUGUGCCGGGGAUGGCCCGGAGCCGGUCCCGGAGCCGGUCCCGGGGCAGAUCCCGGGGCAGAUCCCGGGGCAGAUCCCGGACAACUCCUCCCGGCUGCUCCGGAGCCUCCCCGAGGGCGCGGAUCCCCAAAUCUGCCUCUGCAACGUCAGCAACCCCGCGGGGUGGAGCGCGGCCCGCGCCGCCCUCACCUGCCCAGUAAUUCCAGGGAAUUUCAGCCUCUGGAGACCGGUGGUCGUGGCCGUGGCCGAGGGGCUGAUCCUGCUCUUCGUGGGCUUCUCCUGCUGGUGGAGGGAGAAUUCCCGGGAAGGAUAACAGAGGUUACAGGUGCUUCGCAAAUCCCACCAGCCACCAGCGUCGCCAAAAUUCCAGAAUCCCCAUUCCUAUGGAAUUCUUCUCCUGGAAACUCCAGCACCCACUGGGAUCCAUGGAAUAGAAAUAUCCAGAAAUUCGGGGUUUUCCCCCAAGAUUCAACCCCCAGCUGCACCUCGGAGCGAAGAUUUGGGGUUGGAAAACUCCGGAAAGUAUGGAUUUGGGAUUGGGCAGGGGUGGGAAUUCUGUGGGGAUUUUAGGGUUUGGAAAUCUGAGAAUCCUUUUUUUAAAAUUUUUUUAUUGAUGCAAAUACAGCUGAGCUGCAAAAUAAACUUGUUUAAUUAAUU